AUGGUUCAAUGUUGUGCAUUUGAUUGCAAAAGAAGUGGAAAGUUUUAUUUCCCCAAGGAUUUAAAGCUGAAGAAAAAGUGGGAAGUGGCUGUCAAGCGAAGUGGUUUCAGAGCAACUCGCCAUUCUCGACUUUGUCCAGAUCAUUUUAAACCUGACGAUUUCUGUGAAAAGGAAGGGUUUUAUUCGGGAGUGCCUAGGAUUGUUCUGAGAAAUGAUGCAAUUCCUUCCAUAUUUUCCUUCAACAAAGUGACUAUUGCUAAAGCCGUCCAAAGAAGAGAACGAGCUCUAAAAAGGACUGCGAAACGCCAAUUGAAUGACGAUAUUGGAAUCCUUUACUAUACUGGCCUUGAGAGUUAUGAAAAAUUCUUGUAUGUUUUCAAUACAUUAUGUCCAGAAGCACAUCACAUCAAAUACAGGUAUAAUAAUGUUAUAAAUUUGUCAGUGCAAGACCAGUUCCUCCUUAGCCUCAUGAAGAUUAGAAAGAAUAUGGAUGAUUAUGAACUAACACGUUUCUUUGGUGUGUUUGAUGUUACUGUCUCAAAUGUUUUUAGAACUCGUAGACUUCUUCAUGCCAGAAGGUUUCAGAACAUUAGAGUCAUCGUGGACUGCACAGAGGUGCCAAUCAAUAAGCCUAAGAACCCUGCAGCUCAACAAGCAGUGUUUAGUUACUACAAGGACCGGUGUACUGGCAAGUUUGAGGUUGGUGCGACUCCAUCUGGUCUUCUCUGUCAUUGUUCUAGUGGAUAUGGAGGAGGAAGUGCACGUGAUCGUCAGAUAGUUGAAAGAAGUGGUUUACUAAAUAAAUGUGAGCGGUCAGAUAGUAUCAUGGCAGAUAGGGGCUUUGAUGUGCAAGAUUUAUUUGCAUCCAGUGGUGUUACUGUAAAUAUCCCAACAUUUUUGAGAGGAAAAAGUCAACUCCCCGGUGUCACUCUGCUCCAAGAUAGGAAACUUUCUUCAAAAAGAGUACACAUAGAAAGGCUGAUAGGUUUGCUUAAGACUUAUGAAAUACGGCAGACACCUCUAAAUGGAUUUUAUGUGCCUAUUUGUUCUAAAAUAUUUUUUGUUUGCUUCAUGCUAUGUAAUUUCAGAGAAGCAACAUUAGCAAACAAGACUUAA